AUGGAUACUUUCUCCAACAUAAAGAACAUCCUGGUGAAAUUCUAUGAUGAAUACAACCAGACGACACCAAAGAAGCUUAAGAUAGUCGAUGCAUAUCUUUUCUACAUCAUGCUAACGGGAAUCAUUCAAUUCGUGUAUUGUUGCUUAGUGGGAACUUUUCCAUUCAACUCAUUCCUGUCUGGAUUUAUUUCCUGUGUCGGAUCUUUUGUUUUAGGAGGUAAGAAGAUAUAUAGAGCGAACGCUGAUGUUCACUCGUCAUAUUAGCAUGUUUUGCGAGUAAAUUGUGGGCAAUCUACUGUCUCAGUUUCUGCGUGUGACACGUACAUUGAAAGAUCUUACAAGACACGUGGUAUUUGCGUAAGUGAAGUAUACCACUCUAAGCACAGAAUUUUAUAGCCAAUAAUUUACUGUAAUUUUCCGGUAACACUGAGUUCACAAUUUGCAUUGGUUUUUCUGAAAUAUUUAAGAUCAUUUGUGGGCUUGAUUUUGAGAGAAAAAAAAUAACAAAACCAUAAUUAAUGGCCAAAUGUUCUACAAUGGUGGAAUUUAACAUAUGUUCUAGAUAAAGCUUUACCUGCAACUCCCAUUGCACAGGAACAGAGAGGAAUUUUAAGUGGAUUGAUGAUGGCGUUGUGCUUUAGCAUUGUAUUAUUUUGCGCUUUUAUGCACUUACAUUUAAUUUAUAAUUUUUUCAUUUGAUUUCAAAUCAUGUCUACAAGUUUCUUUGUUUUGCCUUAUAACAAAUCACUGAAUGACUGGUCCCCCAUGAAGCAGUUUCUCUUGUGUAAUGGUGUAAUACUUUUCGUUACAGUUUGUCUACGAGUGCAAAGCAACCCAGCCAACUAUUCUGACUUCAAAGGGAUUUCUCCAGAGAGAGCAUUUGCUGAUUUUAUCUUUGCCAGCAUCAUUCUCCAUCUUGUGGUCAUGAAUUUCAUUGGUUGA